AACUCCAAAGCUUGCGGAAGAAGCCCUGAUGCAGGCGAACGGAUUUGAUGGAAACGCGGCCUUUUCUGGCGGCGGAUUCAUGCCUUCUCAAGCCACUCAGUCCGUUCCCGAUCGGCCCUCCUCCAAAAACAGUGAUACAAGGUGCUUGAUUCCACUCACAGUGAAGCAGUUGAAAGAUCUCUCAAGAGGUGGAGAAUCUGGUAUUUCCAUUGAUGGCGUUGAUGUCAACAAUAUUGUGCUAGUGGGGAUGGUAUCCAAGAUAGACAAUGCUGUCUCAGUUUGUACUUUUAGGGUUGAUGAUGGCACAGGAUGGGUUGAAUGCACCAAAUGGAUUCAUGAACAUGUAGACUCAGCUGAAGUAGAUGUGAUCUCGUAAGUUAUUUGUCAUUUUACUUCUAAGUUUAUGUAGUCUAAUU